AGAGUUGGCAUACCUGUUAUAGCGUACCCCCUCAACAACAUACUCGAUCCGUCUACGAACCCGCCAACAAACAGCAUCAGGUCCCUACCCACACCAGCCUCGCCGGCUGACCUUCACGUCAGCAGGCCGUAUUUCCAUCAUGACAGCCUCAAAGCUAACGUCUCGUGGAAAUACGUCUACGUCGCCACCGGUGGCCAGCGUUUUUGUGGACUGGAUGCCUGAGGCUUGCAUAGCUGACCAGUCAUCUGAUGAUGAACUUUCAAAGAGGAUGUCCAUCAAUGUCAAGACCACCAGCUUCGUCAUCUACGACCUCCGAUACGACUGUCGCUACCUGGUGGAGCUGCACCCCAUGUCGACCCAUGGCAUACAGGGCAGCAUCACCCGCCGGACCUUCAACACGCCUUCGUGCAGUGAGGCUAUCAUUGUUGGGAAGCAUCGACCGGAGUGCUCCAAUAACGAGGAUCGCUGGUCAACAACUCCACUGAACUUGCAGCACAGCUUCUUCAUAUCCAGCUCCAAUAUCACCGCGAAGAUUUUCUGGGAAAAUAACCAAAGCAAGCAACACACGUCAUCAUCAUCAUCAUCGACGUCAUCUUCAUCAUCAUCGUCUUCAUUAGACAAUUUGGCGUCGUCAUCAUCAUCAUCAUCUUUAAAUUAUCGAAUUACAUGGAACCCUAGCGGAGAGCCAUCUUCAUCAAUUACUAGGAUCCUCCCUGGAGGCACCACCUCCCACGUCAUAACUGACCUCCGUGAGGGGACCAAGUACACCGUGAAACUGCAGAGGCUUGGCAGACAUUCAUCCAACCAUCCGUCCACCAUUCACAUUAACACGCCACUCUUGCAGCAUAAACAUCAUCAACAACUUUUCGGUUUGUAUAGGUUCAGGCAGUCAGGCUUAUGUAGCGUUGCUUCAUUUCAGAAUCAGACUCAUCAAACGAGCUCUACCAUUACGAGGAUGACGGCUACGCUCUGA